AUGAAUGGCCCCGAUCGAUCGAGGGGUCCUCCGGGAGAAAUCCCGCCGCAAAGGGAUCCUCGCCGAGGCGCUGAAAGUCGGAAUGGUGGACACGCUGGCUCCGGGGAUGGUGCAUCGAGGGCGGAGAGAUUCGAGGACGAGAAGCGGAGGAUUGUGCAAAGUAGCUUUGCUAAGAAAGAUAGUGACGGUGCCUUGGUUGAAUCCUACAUCACUCACGUUCGAAUUGUGGAAGAUAGCGCGUAUCCUUCCAGCCCCGCUCCGCCGACUGGACCCCCUGAGAACAAGAAAGCGAGAGUUAUAAUCGUCGCGGUGAGACGGUCCGGAAGAGUGCGCAUGCACAAGGCUAGGGAAAAUAAUGACGGUUCAUUCUCGAUCGGUAAAACAUGGAUGUUGGAUGAUCUGUCGGCGAUUCAAUCAUUCAAUGCAUGGGUGCCUUCCACCCCGCUGGAGGAACAACAAAAGCAGUGGGCGUCGAGUGUAGGCUUUGUGGUGAAUGUUGGGAAACCGUAUUACUGGCACGCGAAAACCUCAAAGGAGAAGGACUUCUUCAUUGCGAGUUUGGUGAAGAUCUACAAAAAGUACACGGGUGGUAAAAUGCCUAAUCUCAUAGGUUUUGACGAGCGUGAGCGACAACUCCUUCUGGGAGCACCACCAUCCGGCGCAAAGGGACCUAUGCCGGGCCCAUCGCACCCUGAAGGACCGCUCCCUCAUCCACGUCCACCAUCGUCUCAGGGAGGAAGUCGGCCUCAAUCACCUCAUUGGGCAGCCCGUGCACGCAGUCGUGAUGCAGCCAAACGAAGACCAGCUGAGGAAGAAUUGCCCAUACGAGCUCAGAGGAGUCGCGAGCAAAUGCGACGGCCAUCAACAGGGCAGUCUGGGAAAAGUGGACCCCCUCCAUUUGCACCUCCUCAACAUCCUCCGCCGGUCACCCCAGUUGACCAAAAUGACCAGCUACCACCUCCGCGUGCAAUUGAGCGGCUUGCGGCUGAAUCUGGGUCGCAGAGAACAUCUCCACUCUCACCUCCAGGAUCCAGGAAUAAGGAUGUCCCUAGCAGCCUGAGAACUGCACAGUCGAGGGAAAAGGUUAGCAAAGAGUCCAAGGAAGGUAGCCUAUCAAGCCUCCACACCGAGCCCCGACCACCAUCCUCCCGCAGUGGCAAAACUAUACCUGAACCGCGCCCCACACCACGUAGUCAAGAUUCGAACUCCAGUAUACCCGAGACGAGACGAGUCAAUGAUGACAUUGUCCCGGGACUUGUUCCGAGUGAACUGCGAGUUAAAGAACCCUCAAAAGGAGGUAUCACAGCAAUUUCCGCUUCUUCGGGGCAAGCGACAGCCCCUGUAGGAGAUCAAUUGAGCAGCUCGGGCCAUAUGCAAGCUGCCGACGUACCACCCGCAUUAUUUCCAGGUUCCUCUGCAAGUAACAGUACUCCUGCCAAGGCUGUUGAGGCACCACAAGCAGUUUCAGAGAAAAAGCCUGAGCCAAGUGAGACUAUUAAGGAGAGCCAGCCAGCUUCCCCACCAACUAGUCCUCCGGAAGAUCCAAAAGGGAAUGAAGAAGAUGCUUUUGACGCCCAUCGACCGGGCCUUGGACCUAUGAUCAAAAAGAAGUCAAAUAAAGAUGUUGCUGGUGCGUUCCGCAAGGCUGCUAACGCGCAUGGCGCAUUCAAGCCUCGGGCCGGAGGUGCUGGGGAGAAGCUUUUGGCUGCUGCAAAAAAGCAAGCCGCUAGGGAAGGACCCGAUGGGAUCACCGGUGUUGUGCCUGCUCCAUCCCUCCUUCGGAAACCAGACGAGGACUCUAAGGCGAUUACAGCCGAGGAACGUGUUGAAGAGACUACUGCUGUAUCUACACAGGAAGCCACAGUACCUACAGUGACUCCACCACUAGAUAUACCAGAUGCACCCGCUGCACCCGCCGCACCCGCUGCCCCGGAACCUCCGAAGGUUCAGAUUACAGAGGCUGUUGCAGAUACCGCCGUAACGCCUAUGCUGGACGUACCCGGCGGGGCAUCGGAUGCGUUAACCUCUAAAAAAGACGCAAGAUCGCGUUCUGUAUCGCCCUCUCCUCGAGAUCGAAGGCGCAGACGUCAUGAAGAUAAUACCGUAAAGUAUUGUCAAGCGCUCGGACUUGACCCGAAAGUCCUUCUGGAUCGCGGAGUGGACUUUGAUGAUAUCUUGACUGAUCUUGGCUGGAAUGGCCGUCUUUCAGAUGAAAAGAGAAUCGAAGAUCUUGAAGCAGAUGUUCGUCGAGAGAUCGGUCGUGUCGAGGCUACAAGCUGGCUUGGUAACCUCGAGCAACAAGAAGGCAAAGUAGAUCAACUUGCCAAGCUAAUCGACAAGACUGUUGAUGAAUGUGAGGAGCUAGACAAUCUCCUAACCUUGUAUUCGCACGAACUCAAUACUCUUCGCGACGACGUAUCAUAUAUUGAGACCCAAUCUCAAGGUUUACAAGUUCAGACCGCCAACCAAAAGCUCCUUCAUAGUGAACUACAAACUCUAUUGAAGACUCUCUCCAUUUCGUCAAAGGACUUACAACCCUUGAAAGAAGCAUCGCUCAGCAAUGCUGAUGGCUUAAGGGACACCGAGAUUGCGCUCUCUGCUUUAUACAAGGCGAUGUUGACGAUCGAUCCCGGAAUUUGGCACAACAAAAAACGAUUCGAUGCUUCUGGGGGCCACGGCACUGUGGGCGUCUAUGCUGAUACUGAGAUCGGGCAGAUGCGUGCCAUCAAGGACAAAAAAGAGGAGUACCGUUUUCACUCGACAUCUUUUCUUCAACGACUCAAGCAAUUUAUGGGUAUCGCUUAUCAAGUAGCGGAGCAGAAACGGGCUGAUGCGGCAGCAAAUUCAAACAAAGAUCCGAUGAAACUUGAUGGCUCAGCCAGAGUUUAUUCUCGUCGGGAGUUAUGGGUAUACAGUGCUUUAACCCUCUUCGCUAGGGAAGUUAGUGGGCCAGAAUGGCAAUCCUUGAUCACCUCGUACGAACAACACGCCAGACAAUCCUAUCAAGCCGAGUUCCGUGAUAACAGCAUGGCAUGGAAAAAGACAGCAAGAAAAAUGACCGGCGACGAACAGGAACUGCUUUUCACCCAUCAAGACAAAGAGAAGGAAGCGGAAGGCAUCACAACAGCGGCGAGGAAGCUAACUGUGAGGCGGGGAAAGACUAUCAGGGCGGCUGCGGGAUUGAGACUAUCCUCCGGCGAAAAACAGCAUGGAAAGCUUGAACCUUUCGAAGUGUUCGCGGGCGCUCUUCAGGAAUCGACGAAGAUGAUUUCAGAGGAGCAAAAUUUUAUCGUGCGUUUCUUCCACUUAACAUCGCUUUCGAGCGCGGAUUUUGCGGAUAUUGUGGCCUCGGGGGCACCGGACGAGCGUCCACUUCCCGACUUCACCAUCAAACAAUCACCCGAUCCGGAUCGGGCAAUGGCAAGGAAGGUUGAGCAGGCCAUGGAUGAGCUUUACACAUUCUGGCCUACUGACAUGCAAAACCUUGUGGACUGGUCCGUCAAAGCGGAUCCUCUACAAGGAAUUGGUAUCCUGUUUGCCCUGGAGAAGUCAAUCUCCGAGUUGGAUGAUACCAACCAAGAUUUCAUUGUCCACUCACUCCAGAAGCUGCACACUCGCCUUCUUGGCCUCUUUAAUCGGUUCGUCGAUGAGCAGAUCCGUGGCAUAGAAGAGACCAAGGUCAAAGUCAACAAGCGAAAGGGUGUUAUUUCGUUUAUGAGAGUCUUCCCCAACUUCUCUGCUGCAGUAGAGAACAUGCUUUCCGAUCCAUCACAAGAGCUCUAUGACGUCCGCAUCAGUAUCGACGAGGCGUAUGACCGCAUCAACCGGGCGAUGUGGGAGUCACUGAAAUUUAUCGCCAAGGAGGCACCCGGCCAGUCCACGGCAGUCGCAGCAGCAGCCAGCUCUGGUGAUCCCGAAGACAAGGAAAUAUUGAAUUAUCAUAUUCUCUUGAUUGAGAACAUGAACCACUACGUUGAGGAGGUUGAUGUUCGAAACUUACCGGUCCUAGAGCGAUGGCGUGAUCGUGCGCAAGAGGACAUGGGUGAACACAUGAAGCUCUACCUGGACUCUGUGGUCCAUCGGCCACUUGGGAAAUUAAUCGACUUUAUUGAGUCGGUAGAGGGUCUGGCAGCAGCGGCCAGUAGCCCAGCAGACAUCGCGAGCCGUCCUAGCCACUCACGCUCCGUAGCGAAGAAGGUGCUGGCAGCCUACGACGGAAAAGAGAUACGGCGGGGAGUUGAAUUGCUAAGGAAACGAGUCGAGAAGCACUUUGGCGACGCAGACGACCCUGGACUCAGUCGGAGCCUGGUAUUAAAAGUGAUUCGAGAGUGUGAGGGUCGUUAUGAGCAGGUGUACGACCGAACACAACACAUCAUCCGCACAGUAUAUGAAGGCUCACUUGAGCUUGAGUGGCGCAAGGAGGAUGCUUUUGCCAUGUUCCGCAAGUGA